AUGAUCAGAAAGGGCCAUUUGUGUCAGAGCUUCCCAACGAUGAGCCCGACUCUCAACAAUAUCGUAUCUUCCCUCCAGAGAAGUGGAACAUUUAUGAAUUCUUUAAUUGCUGCUUCGACCAUUGGCGCGCAACAGCUUUUCUCCUCUUUCACCUUCAGUUGUCCCUGUCAGGUUGGGAAAAAUUUCUACUAUGGUUCUGCUUUUCUAGUUAUUCCAGCCUUGAUCCUUCUGAUUGCUGGCUAUGCUCUGAGAAGCCAGAUGUGGACCAUGACCAGUGAAUACUGCUGCAACUGUGGCCCUCCCCAGCGGAGAAUCAGCCCUCUGGAGUGCAAGCUGGCCUGUCUUCGGUUCUUCAGCAUCACCGGGAGGGCACUUGUUGCGCCAUUAACGUGGCUGGCCGUAACCCUGCUGACAGGCACCUACUAUGAAUGUGCGGCAAGUGAAUUCGCACCUGUGGACCAUUACUCUGUGUUUGACAAUGUCAGCGUCAGCAAACAGAAGGAGAUCCUGGCUGGGUUUCCAUGCGGCAAAUCAGCUCCAUCCGACAUGAUCCUGGUAAGAGAUGAAGUAGCUCUCCGGCACAGAUACCAGUCACAAAUGCUGGGCUGGAUUCUGAUCACCCUGGCAACCAUCGCUGCCCUAGUCUCCCGCUGCUUGGCGAGGUGCUGCUCUCCCCUCACCUCUCUGCAGCACUGCUAUUGGACCAACCACCUCCACAAUGAGAGGGAGCUCUUUGAACAAGCCGCUGAGCAACAUUCACGGCUCCUCAUCAUGCAGCGCAUAAAGAAACUCUUUGGCUUCAUCCCUGGAAAGGAAGAUGUCAGACACAUCCGUAUUCCUUCGUGUCAGGACUGGAGAGAUAUUUCAGCACCCAGUCUUCUCUGCAUGGGUGAGGACUUGCAAGGUCACUAUAGCUUCCUUAGAGACAGGGUGGGUGAGGAUAAUGAGGAAAGCAAAUCCGAAGGGAUUGAAUUAAAACCUUGA